AAACAUUACUUCUGUGCAUUUUGAGGCAAAACAAAGGGCACUGAUGUAUUUUAAGAUAUGCCACAAGUUGUUUUCUUUUUGGACAGCUCUUGCAUUUAUUUUAGUCUAGGACUAGUCUAAUCUCUGUCCGGGAAACUGCCCCAUUGUGUGUUUAUUCAUGUCACAGACACAGGCCCUCUGAAGUGGCUUGGAACGUGCAGCAUUAUUUGGUGUGGUGACAUGCUCUUUUCUUCUAGUUUAUUGGUGGUUGGCAAGCCAACUUUUGGUGCAUUACUGCCACCAACUGUACUGGACUGCGGCGUGACAAUGAAAUAUGCUAAAAAAUAAACAUAUAAAUAGCUAAUUCAAAUUCAUAAAUUGCUAUGUUAACCCUAUAUUUUUGUGAAAUUGCCUGUAUAGGGUUAGGUCAUAUUUACUGAAACAGGCUGUUUCUCAAUAUGCGUUCUUGUCUGUACUUGUCGACUUGUGUAAUGUCAUCAGUCGCAGCCCAAAAUACAUUUCCAAGUUCACAUCAAAUAGCCGGAUGUUUUCUUGAUCUGCCCAUUUUAAUGAGGAUCAGGAGGUGACUUGUGGAGACUUAUGACAGCCAAGUUUCGUGUCAAUGGUGUGUGUGUGUUUGCUGUUGUUGAAGCUAUGGGCCGCAUCUUUCUCGAUCACAUUGGCGGGACGCGGCUUUUUUCCUGCGCCAACUGUGACACCAUCCUGACCAACCGCUCUGAGCUUAUCUCUACACGCUUCACAGGUGCCACAGGCAGGGCAUUUCUCUUCAACAAGGUGGUGAAUCUGCAGUACAGUGAAGUGCAGGAUCGCGUGAUGCUGACCGGCAGACACAUGGUUCGUGAUGUGAGCUGUAAAAACUGCAACAGUAAGUUGGGUUGGAUCUAUGAGUUUGCCACCGAGGACAGUCAGCGCUAUAAAGAAGGUCGUGUGAUUCUCGAGAGGGCGCUGGUGAGGGAGAGCGAGGGUUUUGAGGAGCACGUGCCCUCCGACGCAUCCUGAUGGGAGUCCAUCUCCAAUAUCUGGGCUCAACUUUUCUUUUGUCACAUCUAGUGAGGCUUUGUAAAGAUGUUUUGUCUGUGGAUUCCUCCUCAGAAACACGACGUGAGCUACCGGUGUACACGUUAAGUUGUUUCUGGUUCGGCUGCUGGUUAGACGGCACAUCCGGGCUUUUACUCAAUUUCACAGUCAUGUGACUUGUAUUAAAACCAAUGAGCAAAUGCGUCCAGCAUUUCAGUCCAAAAGGAUUUGUUGUCCUUUCUAGCGUUUCUGACCUGGUGAACACGACCAGAUUACCAGCAUUUAAACUAUUCUUUAUUGAUAAUGUGAUCUGUGAAAUUGAAUAUGCAAAAUCUUAAGCACACACACGCCCAUGCUUUCAAUAAUUAAGACAGUGAGGUUGAAUCUGAUGUGUUAUAUAUAUAUCUGAUUUGCAGAUCAUUUGAUCACUUUGUUGAACAUCUCAGUUUUUCCAAGAAAAUCCAUUGUGGACACCAAGUAGUGUCUUAAAACAUUUGAUAGGACUGUUCAGUUCUAAUGUCUGUAAGUGUGUGGUGGGUGGCGAACUGUAAUUGUGAUUUCAAGACUUCAGUUCAGUGUGACAGUUUGAUGGGUCAAAACUUGAAUUUUGUAUUGAUUUAAAGGUAAGUCUUUGUUGCCUUCCCCUUUAGAUUCAGUGUGAAACGCUAUUUGUUUUGUUAUUGUCAUUUGGUUGAUAAUUCUGUUAAAGUACAAACUGCAUUUCUCCAGGUGUGCUGAGUUUUUUUGUUGAUUAAAGUACAAACUGCAAAAAUAUGUUAUGCUUUCAUCAGUUCUUCUUUCAUUAAAGAUUUCUGUCUUGUCUAA